AUGAGCUUGUUAGAUCAAUUAAAAUCUAUCAGUGAUAAUGCUGUUUCAACAGUAGUCGAUAGGAAAUCUCGUUCAAAGAUCCAUUCACGGUCUUUGAUCUUUGAGCCUAAGAUCGCUGCUACUCAAGAUUUCGAAUUAAUUUACGAUAUUGGGUUAGAAGGUUUAGAUGAGUUGAUAACCUUCAAUAAGAAAUUUCAACAUUUUAAAACCACAUUAUUUCAUGAAACCACUGUUACUUUCGAUAGAAAUGUUCAAACUCCGGAUAUGUUACAAGAUUUAAAUGCCAAUAUCAAUAAUUUCUUGUUAUUAAUAUCACCAUUAUUAAAUUUGAAUUGUUCAAUCAAAGCAUUAGAAUGGUUAGUAAGAAGAUUUAAUAUCAAUCUUUAUAAUGGAGAAAUGUUAUUAUUGAUUUCUUUAUCAUAUUAUAAGAAUCCUUUAUUUGUCAAAUUCUUAAAUGUGAUUCCAAAAAGUUCAUUUCCUAAGAUCUUCGAAUCUUUUAGUGGAUUCAAAGAAUUAUUGAAAAAUCCUUCAAUGGCUUCCAUUAUCAAGAAUUUCUUGAACAAUUAUGAGUUAUUCAAAUUAUAUUCAUUAUUCAUCAUCGAUCAAAUCUCCAAAAAAUUGAUCUUUAAGGACCAAUUGAUCUUUUAUUUGUCUAUUUCCAUACAAUUAUUAUCUACCCUUUCCAAAGAUAAAUCCAGAAUUGAAGUAGAUUAUUUACCAAUCUUAUUGCAAUUGACAGGGAAUUUAUUAUUACCGGGAAAUGUCAGUGGUUAUGAUUGUAAGUUAACGGCAUUUUCAUUAAUUUCAAUUAUUUCAUCCAUAGUUCCUUUAAAUGAAACAAUCAUUUUAUCACUUACUAAUACCAUCAUUAACAACAAGGAAUGUUUAAGUGAAGAUACAGUAAGAAAAUCUGUUAUUACAUUAGGUCAAUUAUGGCAAAAUCAUCUUCCUGAGACUGAAGAUAUUUCCAUCAGAUACUUCACUAUUGAUGAAGAUUUAAUCAAAUCUUUAAUUGCCGAUAGUUAUAAUAUCAACAAGUUUUUAAUUCAUUAUUAUAUUUCCAACUUGAAUCAAUUAAACCACUAUAAAUACUUCAAAUACUUAUCAAUCAAUGAUUCUAACUUCAAAAUCAUAUUAAGUAAAUUAUUGAGAGAAGUUGGUAAUGACAGAUUCAAAGAUAAAAUCGUUAAAGAUAAUGUUACCAGAACUUUUGAAUCCUUAUAUAAAUUAAAUCCUCCAUUAUUCAAAUCUUCAACUACCAUCAAAAUUGGUGAUUUGGAAAUGAUUUUAAUGACCACUUUGGAUAAUGAGAUUGAAGCUGAUAUUGAAGAUCUUGAUGAAAAUGAUAUCAUUGAAGAAAUUGAAGAAGUUGAAGAUAUUAUUGAAAAUGAUAUUUCUACACAAAUUACAUCAUUCUUCAAUAAUUCAUCAACUGUUGAAUUCAAUCAAUUAGCUCAAGCUUUAAUAGUUAAUUUGAAUAGUAUUGAAGGAUUUAAAACUAAAUUCCCAACUUUUGAAAGUUUUAUUUCCUUCUUAUUAAGAUUUGCUUUAACCAGUUCAUUACCUAUUAAAGCUAGAGUUAAGGUUCUUAUUAAAUCAACCAAGAUCAUGUCUAAAUUCAUCAAAGACAAUGGAAAGAUGGAAUUCUAUUUAUUAUUACCAAUUACUUUACUUGGUUUGUAUGAUGUUAAUAAACUCAUCAGAAGUGGAUUCAUAAACUUCUUGAAUGUCAUCAAAGUCACAUCAUCUGAUAAGAAAGCUAAAUUAUUCAUGGAAGAUGAAAUUUAUAUUGAUUUACCAAAUAAUAAGAAAUCAAUGAUUUCUCCAAAACAAUGGGAAACCCUUUCAGAAUUAGUUGAAGCAGUUAAUUUCGAUGAUUUAAUCGUUGAUAGAGUUAAAAUUCUCGAUAAACUUGUUAAAUUAUUCACUUUCGAGAAAUCAGGGUUAAAGAAAUUUGGUUCUUUAUAUGUUAAGAGUUUUAUCUUGAAUCAAUGGUCUUUAACCUUCUUACCUUUAUCAUUGAAAGAUAAAAUUUGGGAAAUUAUGACUCAACUUAACAAACAAGAUAAUGAUUAUAGACUCUUGUUUAAUGAUGAUUUAAUCAAUUUCAAAGCAAACAGAAGUAAUUUGAUCAGAGAAAGUGAUGAAUUCAAAUUAUCUUAUGAUAAUAUGGAAACCAAUUUGAUUGGUUUGAUUGGUGGUUUAAGUAUCAAUGAAAAACAUUCAAGUAAAGAAAUUGAAUUAAUCUUGAAUUUAGUUGAUAUUAAUCCAAUUUCUGUAUGUGAAAGAAUUGUUGAAAUAUUCCCUAAAAUCAAAUAUGCUGAUUUGAAAUUCAAAAUUUUCAAUAAAUUAAUUGAUUUAUUGAUUGAAGAUGAUAUUAAUGAAUCAUUUGUUGAAUUUGAUCCAUUUGAAGUAUUAGCACAAUUGAAAAUUAACUUUGAAUUGUUAUCGAUGGUUUUGAAAACUGUUCAAAUCAAUAAUGAAAUUCCUGACCAAUCUGCUAAAAGAAAAAGAAGAUCUUCAAGUCAAACCAAACAAAAUUUAGCUAGAAAUGAUAUCACUAGUAUUGCAUCAAUUCAUUUAAAGAAAUUAACCAUAGUAUUGGAUUUAUUGAAUUAUAAUUUAACUGAAAGUUUAAAGAAAUCUGUUGAAGAUAAUUUAUCAUGUCCUGAAUUAUUGAUUGAAUUAUUUAAAAUAUUAACUGAUUUGGAUUAUUUAGGUAAUGAUGGACAUUUACCUAUUUUAUAUAGUCAAGAAGUAUUAUCAAGUUGUAUGUUAAAUACCAUUAAAUUAAUCAAAUUCAAAGAAUUUAAUUAUGAUUCUAAUUCAAUCAGAGCUGAUUUGAUUGUUAAUUCAAUUAGAAAUUCAACCAGUCCACAAAUUCAAAAUAAAUUAUUAUUAGUUAUUGCCGAAUUAGCUUCAUUAGCUCCAGAAAUCAUUUUACAUUCAGUUAUGCCAAUUUUUACCUUCAUGGGUGCUCAUACUAUUAAACAAGAUGAUGAGUUUUCAAAUUCCGCAUUACAAGAAACUGUUUCAAGAGUUAUACCAGCAUUAGCUAAAAAUGGUACUACUAAUGUUGAUGAAGAUAUUGAAUUCUUAUUAGCAAGUUUCAUUGCUGCUUUACAACAUAUUCCAAGACACAGAAGAAAUAAAUUGUUUUCUUCUUUAGUUAAAACUUUAACUAUUGAAAAAUCUUUACAUAUAAUCUUGUUCUUAGUUGGUAAUCAAUUCAAUAAGGAAAUUGAAGAUAAAUCUUCAUUGAUUGAAUUUUCCACUACUUUAUUAAAGAAUUUCAAUGCCAAUGAUCAAUUAAUCAGUUUCAAGAAAUUCUUAGAUUUAUGGGAAAUCAUCCCUAACAAACAAAUCAAUAAGAAAGAAAAUCCUGAAUUAUAUAACAAAUUGAUUAAAAGACCAAUCUUUGGAGUUUCUUUAUUAUCUUUAACUGAUAAUGAAUUAAUCAACCUUAAGAAUAAUUUGUUCACUUAUUUGAAUGAAAUUAUCAUACCUAAAGAUGAUUUCAAUGAAAUUAAUUUAUUGAAAUUGAAAAUCAACGUUCAAUUAUUGGAUGACAAAGUUGAUGAUUCAGAUAAACAAUUGUUAUUAACUAACUUUAAUGGAAUCAUUUCAUUCUUCUUGAAAUUGAUCAAUGAUGAAGAAUACAAGGAUAAAUUUGAAUUAUUGAACAAUUUCUUAAGUAUGCUUCCAAUUUCUUACUUUAUCGAUUCAAUCUUAGAAUCCAUUGAAAAAUCUAUUAGUAAAGAUCAAGAAGAUUUGAAGGUUUCAAGAAACUUUGUUAAUUUGACUAUCAACAAGUUAGAUAAUGAAUUGAAUGUUAACAAUAUUAAUGAUGAUAUCAUUGAUAUUUUAACUACUAAAUUUAUUCCUGUUCUUGUCAAAGGAAUUGAAGCUAAUGUUGAUCUUUUAUUACAACAAUCAUUUAUUGAUUGUUUAAGUGUAGUUAUCCAUAAAUUAUUCAUCAUUAAUAAUGAUAUCUUUAAAGAUACCAAACCUUUGAUAGAUAUUUUACAAAAGACUUUAACUCAAGGUUUCUUAAGUAAUAAACCUGAAUUGAUCAUUUCAUCAGUUAAUCUCCUUAAUAAUUUAAUUGACAUUUUAGGAGUUAAAAUGAUUGGUUUCUUACCUAAAAUCAUUAACCCAUCAUUUGAGAUCUAUGAUAAAUUUGUUGAUGAACCUUUGAUUCAAACAUCUAUUUUAUUGUUAUAUUCAAAUUUCAUCAAGAAAUUAUCAUCAUUUUUAGGUAACAAUAUCGAUAGAAUGUUAUUACUCAUUUUGAAAUCAGAUUUGGUCAAUAAUGAUUUAAGAUUAAAUAUCCUUGAUUUGGCUAUUAAAAAUAUCGAUUUGAAUAAACUUAUCAAAUCUUUAUUCAACAUUUGGAUCACUAAAAACUUCUAUCAAGAUGAUUCUCCAGAAAACUUAGGUUUAUAUUUGAACUGUUUAACUAAAACCAUUGAAAAUAUCGAUAAAAAACUGGCUAUUGCUAAUUCUUCAAUGUUCUUAAAAUGGGCCAUUAAGAUUUUAGAGUUCAGAUUUUAUUGUGAGAUUAAUAAUAAGUUCAAUAAUAAUACUAUUUUCAAAUUAGAAAGUUCAUUCUAUAGUUGUAGUAUUAACUUCAUCUUGAAAUUAAAUGAUAAGAAUUUCAGACCAAUCUUUGCUUCAUUGAUCAGAUGGACAAUUGAUGGUGAGAAUUCCAUAAUUGAUGAUGAACUCAUUAGAUUAAUUUCUUUCAUGAAAUUCUUCAAUAAAUUACAAGAAGAAUUGAAAAGUAUCAUUACAUCAUAUUAUUCUUAUUUAAUCGAACCAGUUGCUGGAUUCUUAACCAAAUUUAAUGACAAACAAUUGACUGAUAUUAAUUUGAGAAGAAUUUUAUUGAUUUCAUUGAAUUUAUCUUUUAAACAUGAUCAAGAUGAUUAUUGGAGUCAAGAAUCUAGAUUCAAUUUAAUCUUAUCUCCUUUAGUUAAGUCAUUGAAUAAUAUUGAUGAUUCUAUUGGUAAAUAUUUGGUUAAAGCUAUUACCUCAUUCACAGCUAAUGUUUCUUCUGAUGAAUAUAAUAAGGUAAUUUUGAACCAAUUGAUUGUUUACUUGAACGAUGAUAAUGAUGUACGUUGUAAGAUAUGGACUGUUAGAACUUUGAAAUCAAUUUUCCAAAAAUUAGGAGAAUCUUGGUUAUCAUUAUUACCAACUUUGGUUCCAUAUAUUGCCGAAUUAUUAGAUGAUGAUGAUGAAUCUGUAGAAUUAGAAGUCAGAAAAGGUUUAGUUAGGGUUAUUGAAUCAGUAUUAGGUGAACCUUUAGAUAGAUAUUUAGAUUAG